GGCCAAUGUCUGAGGACUCCAGGUUAGCUCCCGGCAGCUUCGUGCUCUAUUCGCCGCCCCGCGGGCGCCUGGGCGGCCUGUUCCAGAGGCUCUCCUCCGGGAGCUCCAGCGACACUGGCGGGGAGCGCGUCAAAGCGUUGCUGAGGAGCUCCAGCGGCUCUGACCGCGAGGGCUCCCUGGGCAAGUCCCCCGCGGCGGCGCCGUCCCCGCUCACUGCCGCCCUCUCCCCGCUCACGGCAGGCGCCGUGGCCGGCAGCGCCGCCAACUUCGCGCUGGCCGGCGGAGCCUGCCUGGUAGUGCGCUUCGGGCUGUGCGAGGUGGCGGGGCUGGGCCUGCACCACCUGCAGCCCAACGUGCACUACGAGCCCGCGACCCGCACCGCCUGCGUCUUCAGCGGACACCUUGCCAACCUGGACGAGCUGGCCGACCGCUACACCAACGACUCGUUUGCUGAGGGGCCCGGCAGCCCGUCAUCCAUCCUGGCGGCGCGCGCCGACCCUCGCCAGCUGGCGGCCGAGACCAUCCUGCGCAUGUACCUCAAGGAGGCCAAGGAGCGAGGCGGGGACCUGCUGGUGCUGCUGUCGGAGCUGCAGGGCCAGUACUCGUUUGCGCUGUUUGACGGCGACAAGCGCUGCGUGUUUGCGGCGCGCGACAGCAGCGGCAGCGAGCCGCUCUUCUACGAUCUGGCGGAGGACGGCGCGCUGCGCCUGUCCAACAGCCAGCCCCCGCUGCCGGCGGACGAGGGGGCCGUCCAGGAGCGCGUCCAGUGGCUGGAGCUGCCCCCCGGCCACUUCAUCAGCGGGCGCAGCCCCAAGGUGCAGCAGUUUGCGCUCACGCCGCAGCAGCUGACGAUACGAGAGAACUACGAGCGGUCCAUGGACGAGGAGAUGAGCCCGCGCUUCUCGGCGCUGGGCAUGGCCGGCAUGGACUCCGACCUGCGCCGCUCGCUGUCCCCCCCCGACCGCAACAGCUACCUUGACCUUGUAUACUAGGUGUAUACUAGGAGAGAGAGGGCGGGGGGCAGGCGCUCGCCACGAGCGCCCGCCCGCCCGACGCGGCACGCGAGCGUGUGCCCCCACCCCCCCGGCACACCACCCCCCGCUCCAGCCCAGCGUACCACCCCUUGUUUCCAGCUUCCAGCUUCCAGCAGCGCCGAUGCAGAGGCGCAACAUCACGAGAUGACGACACCCGCCAGGGCCGGCCCGGCCGCCCUCCCGCCGAUGUGGCAUACCAGUAUCGCACUGUAGCAGUCCCUCUCUGCCCUUGCCCUACCCUGCCCUUGCCCUGCCCCGCCAGCGAGCAAUCCUAAUCUCAGUCCUACAAAUGUCGAAAGACGCGCUUUGUCCUUUUCCCCUCCCCCAACGCUUGCGAAUUCCUGUGCCGCACCAAGUAUACCGCCUGCGGCCAGCUGCCCAGGCUUCCUUUGCUACUCUGUGCCCCUCUUCAGCCUGCCCCUGCUCGCAUUCAUUUGCCCUGUUCCCCGGCACCCCGUUUCCGGCCACCCUUCCUGGAGCCGUCUGUGAAGCGCUUUUGCAGUUUUAC